UCCGAACUACCCUUUCCCUCCCCUGCCCUGCCCUGCUCAGCUCGCGGGCGCUCCUGCCCACUCCUCCGAUGGCGCCGCCGCCCACCACCGCCUCCUUCCUCCGCCCGCCGCCGCUGCCCCACCACCCUCACCCGCGCCUGCUUUCCCGGCCUCCCUCCGCCUCCUUCCGCGUCGCAGAAAUUCUCGGCGGCCGUGGCCUCUGCAACGGCGAGGUCGGCGUCCGCAAGGAACUCGCCUCCUCCCCUCCCCCUUUCAACACCACCACCUCCUUGUCGCCCGAGUCCUCCGCAGAGUCCACGCCCACGGACGCCGCGCCGCCAGCGGUGGACCCGGACGCCUUCGAGAAGGAGCUCCUGGGCCUCACCGGUGGCUUCCCCGGCGGCGAGGUCGGCCUCAAGAACUUCGUCGCCAAGAACCCGCCGCCUCCUCCCCGUUCCAAGAAAUCCGAGUCCCGACCCCAAGCCGGCCUCUCCGCGCCGCCGCGGCCGCCGGAGCUCCCGCUGUUGCUGCCCGGCAUGGUGGUGCUGGUGAAGAACACCAACAACGCCUACCACAAGUACUGCGGGAUCGUCCAGCGCGUCACCGACGGCAAGGUCGCGGUGCUCUUCGAGGGCGGCAACUGGGACAGGCUCAUCACCUUCAACCUCCACGAGCUCGAGGGCAGGGAGAAGGGCCCGCCCAUGGUCAACCCCAAGUCCGUGGUGCUAGAGGACCUCGUCGCGGAGCUCGACGACGAUGACGAUAAGGAGGACGAGGCGGCCAAGGAGAAGGAGCCCGAGGGCGGCGUUGCAGCGGCAUGACCAUUAAUUCUUCUUGUUCCUGUUAUCCUGUAUGUAUGAAUGUAUGUAUACAGCUAAAAGGUUUGGGGGCUAAAGAAAACAAUAAUAUACAGUAACUGUUAUAUGUAUAGUUGGAAAAUGAUUGUGUGAAUUGGGGGCAUUGAACAAUUGAAGGGUUUCUUGCUAA